AAAAUUUAUUCAGUCACCACACGCCUUUCCUUUCCCUCUCCAGCAUCCCUCUACCUGCUGACAUCCUGCAUUAGAGAACUUGUGUCCGAGGUGUAGCUGUGAAGAGCUGGCCAGGGAGGGACGCUGUGUAGCUGCUGUUCUGCUCCUGUCUCCUGUCCCCUCCUCUGGCCAUGACAGAGACUCGUGAGCCAGCUGAAACUGGGGGCUAUGCCAGCUUGGAAGAUGAUGAUGAAGACCUCUCUCCAGGUCCUGAACAUUCCUCUGACUCCGAGUAUACACUCUCAGAGCCAGACUCUGAAGAGGAGGAAGAUGAGGAGGAGGAAGAAGAGGAGACCACUGAUGACCCUGAAUAUGACCCUGGCUACAAGGUGAAACAGCGCCUGGGUGGGGGUCGGGGUGGCCCGUCCCGCAGGGCCCCCCGUGCAGCCCAGCCCCCGGGCCCCCCAGCCCAGCCCUGCCAGCUCUGUGGCCGCUCACCCGUUGGGGAGGCUCCACCAGGCACCCCACCCUGUCGGCUCUGCUGUCCCACUACAGCCCCCCAGGAAGCGCCAGCCCCCGAAGGCAGGGUACUGGGGGAAGAGGAGGAAGAGCUGCCUCGGGCCGGGGAGGGCCGACCUGCUGGGAGGGCGGAGGGCGGGGAGGGGGACGGUGAUGAGGACGAGGAGGGCACCUACCACUGCACCGAGUGCGAGGAUUCCUUCGACAGCCUCGGCGAGCUGCAUGGGCACUUCAUGCUGCAUGCCCGGGGUGAGGUGUAGGCAGAGCCCCCACCCAGGAAGCGUGGUGCAGGGGGUGGGACGGGAGGAGUGGGCCGAAGAAAUUGGGUGGUGAAGUGGUCCUGGGGGGUGCUGCCGAUCUGUGUUGUCUUAGCCGUACGUGUGAAGGCCGGAAUAAAAGCCAAAUUCUGUGUG